AUGGCCUCCACCACGAGAUUCCUGGCCAUGAUCAUGGCGUGCACGCUCCUCGCCAGCACAAUGUGCCAUGCCGCUCGGCACUUGGCCGACACCACCCCGACGGCUGCCCUACCUGCUGCGGCAGCUGUCCCUGGCCUCCCGGCCGUGCCGACGAUGCCGGCUGUGCCGACGGUGCCGGCCUUUACUGUGCCACCUAUGUUGACUGUGCCCACCGUGCCGCGGGUGACACUGCCUCCCAUGCCAGCUGUUCCUGCGGUGCCCAAGGUGACGAUGCCCCUAAUGCCGGCCAUCAUCGUGCCUAAGGUGACCAUGGCACCGAUGCCCGCCGUCGUUGUGCCUAAGGUGACGAUGCCGCCGAUGUCCGCCAUUCCUUCCAUGCCCAAGAUGACACUGCCGUCGAUGCCUUCUAUCCCGACCGUCAACGUGCCUAUGCCAUUCCUGGCGCCACCUCCAUCAACUUAG